GACCCCUCCACCACUUGAGAAGAGUUAAAUGUGUUACCGUCAGCGUCAGCAACACCUGGCCUUCUUCCUUUUCAUACAGCCAGGUCUACCUUAGCUGAACGAAGCUGACAAUCAGCUAUGGCGUCCCAAGGCCAGCAAAUCGAACUCACGAGUCUCAAUGUCCAACAGCUCAGCCAGUUGAAGAAGCAGCUCGACAGCGAGCUCGAGCACCUCACCAGUUCCUUCCAAUCGCUGCGCACAGCACAGGCCAAAUUUCGAGACUGCCUAAAGUCGAUAUCCGCGGGGUUGAAUCCCAAGACAGCCGACAAGCCUCUCCUCGUCCCCCUAACGUCCUCACUCUACGUCCCCGGCACACUGGCUAGCAGCACACAUGUCCUCGUCGAUGUUGGGACCGGCUUUUUCAUCGAGAAGUCGACGACCGAUGCAACCGACUUUUAUACCCGCAAAGUAGCAGAUCUUGAGGGCAGUCUGAAAGAUCUAGAGCAGAUCUUGCAGAGCAAAGCGCAGAAUCUCAGGGUGGUGGAAGAGGUGCUGCGGUCUAAGGUCACCAGUGGCCCGCAACCCCAGGAAGCGCGGUAGGACUAUUGGAUGGACUGGAGGGACAAAAGUACGAUUAGUGAAAAAUACAUUUGAAGUGGCCUAUGACUCUCUACUACAUUAUCUCAAGCCUCUGGGGUCCCUUGUGCUCCCUAUGCGACCUUGCUGGGUCUGAUCGCGGACUGGGCACCGUUGAAGUAGUCACGGAAGCACCCCAUACAUGCUCCCUCGAAAGUUGACCGUGGAGUGCAUAUAGACGUGGCCUAGGUGCUGAAUCAAGACCUCAAAUCUCCUCACUCUUUUCUUCAGUUCUCUAGAUAUGUAAUUCGAAUCAUGCUCUACGAACUAGGGCAUGCAAUCAUAUAUACAUAAAGUCUCCC